GAUGCCGAACUCGGCCAUGAAGAAGAAGGUGCUGCUGAUGGGCAAGAGCGGGUCGGGGAAGACCAGCAUGCGCUCCAUCAUCUUCGCCAACUACAUCGCGCGCGACACGCGGCGCCUGGGCGCCACCAUCGACGUGGAGCACUCGCACGUGCGCUUCCUGGGCAACCUGGUGCUGAACCUGUGGGACUGCGGCGGGCAGGACACCUUCAUGGAGAACUACUUCACCAGCCAGCGCGACAACAUCUUCCGCAACGUGGAGGUGCUCAUCUACGUGUUCGACGUGGAGAGCCGCGAGCUGGAGAAGGACAUGCACUACUACCAGUCGUGCCUGGAGGCCAUCCUGCAGAACUCGCCCGACGCCAAGAUCUUCUGCCUGGUGCACAAGAUGGACCUGGUGCAGGAGGACCAGCGCGACCUGAUCUUCCGGGAGCGCGAGGAGGACCUGCGGCGCCUGUCGCGGCCGCUGGAGUGCGCCUGCUUCCGCACGUCCAUCUGGGACGAGACGCUCUACAAGGCCUGGUCCAGCAUCGUGUACCAGCUCAUCCCCAACGUGCAGCAGCUGGAGACGAACCUGCGGAAUUUUGCGCAGAUCAUCGAGGCCGACGAGGUGCUGCUGUUCGAGAGAGCGACCUUCCUGGUGAUCUCGCACUACCAGUGCAAGGAGCAGCGCGACGUGCACCGCUUCGAGAAGAUCAGCAACAUCAUUAAGCAGUUCAAGCUGAGCUGCAGCAAGUUGGCCGCCUCCUUUCAGAGCAUGGAAGUGAGGAAUUCCAACUUCGCGGCUUUCAUCGACAUCUUCACGUCGAACACGUACGUGAUGGUGGUUAUGUCGGAUCCGUCCAUCCCGUCCGCCGCUACCCUGAUCAACAUUCGCAACGCCAGGAAACACUUCGAGAAGCUGGAGAGAGUGGACGGCCCCAAGCACAGCCUGCUCAUGCGCUGAAGGUCCCAAGUGCCCCUCGCGAAGAUGCCCGAAUGGUUCUGCACCCUGUUUGUAGUGUGCAUGAUGUCGUGCGCUUAGAAGUGGGCUGCAGGUGUGUGCUGCUUGCUGCGUCCCCUUCCUCUUCCCGUGCUCUAGACUAAGCCCUGGCACUAUUUACUCAGCUAUCCAGUAGAGCUUCACGAUGGCUUUUCUGCAGUUGGUGCGGUGUAACACUAAAGUAGGUGGGGUGUGUGUGUGUGUGUGUGUGUGUGUGUUCUGACUGCCCGGUAUGACGUGCACAUCACAGCCUUUACCAGUAUCCUCCCGUACUGUCCGAUUGCGAAGGUGGAAUGUUACUGUUUUAUCAAGGCAUUAAAAUGCACUUACAAAUUCUUGCUUCGAUCAUGAAUAAACCUUUACUGUUAGCAGUUUAAAA